AUGAGAAAGCUGUCGGCGCGAUGGGUACCGCGUUUGCUCACUCCGGACAACAAGCGCAUCUGCGAGACCACUUCAGAGCAGUGUUUGAAGCUGUUUAAGCGUAAUCCAAAGGAGUUCCUGCGUCGUUUUGUGACCAUCGACGAAACAUGGAUCCACUGGUACAUACCAGAGACCAAAGAACAGUCGGAACAGUGGACUGUACCCGGAGAACCUGCUCCGAAGGCGAAGACUGUCGCAUCGGCCGGAAAGGUGAUGGCCACCAUUUUCGUCGACUACCUUGAGAAGGGCAAAAUGGAUGACCCCGCAGCGACGCAAGCGCCUGGCCGUGUUGCUGUUUGCGCUGGUGAUGCUGCCGCUGCUUGGCUUGGCUGCUCUACGAGGAGAGCGACAGAUCCAGUCCCCCUGGCUUCGGUGCAGCCUACGCUGGCAUCUGCAGGCAACCACAUCUAUGAGGUGGCAGCAGGAGCGUCAAAGGCUGUGGGCGGCGCCAUGGCUUCAUUCAGUUUCCCACCAGCCUGGCUGUCGUGGGGCUCGACCAGUGGUUCGUCUCUUCCUCCACCUCCGGCAGUACCGGUGGAGUUGAAGAAGCAGCUGGCAGAGUCCGAGCUGCUGUCGGAUGAGCGCAUCGACGCCCACGUGGAGAAGGCGUUGAAGCGCUUGGCACUGCAGUUUCCCACCAGCCAUCGGGACGACGAAGGGGCCACCGCCAGGAGUCGUGAAGAAGUGGAACAGCUCAAGCUUCAACUGGAGGCGCACAGAAUCACGGUUGAGCGCCUUGUACACAGGUUGGAGGACCAAAAGGACUGCUGCCAGGAUGUGGCGGCGCUGCUGGCCGGUCUCGACACAAAGAUCAUCGACAAGGUGCUUGAGGUGAUGAACGACACUUCAGCGGCAGCACCUCGUAGCCGGCUGCAGCGGUGGCUGACCGAAGAGAUGGACAGGCGGGAGGGCAACUUCGGAGCCAACCUGGACGCCCGUCUCCGCACUCGCCUCGACGAGCAUCGCAGCAGCGUCCAGGCAGAGGUGGCAGCGGCCGCUCGCCAGGCUUCUGAAGCUCGAGAGGCAGCACUAGAAGCACGCAAGGUGGCACAAGAAGCAGUGGAAGAGGCUCGACGUGUGCCCCGGGUUGUCACACCAUCGACCGCCGGCACAACUGAUGUGAACGAAGUCACUCGGGUAGUGAAAGACAUGUUGGCGAAGUACGACGCGGACAAGACCGGUCUGCCAGACUACGCCUUGGAGAGCGCCGGAGGGAGUGUGGUCAACACGCGCUGCACCGACACCUACAGCGAGCGGGCGCCCAAGUACUACAUGUUCGGCCUGCCCCUCUGGACUUUCUCCCGCACAGCGAGGGAGGCUAUAACGCCCGGCAUGCACCCAGGGGAGUGCUGGGCCUUCCGGGGUUCCCAGGGACACCUGGUGGUGAAGCUUGCCCAGCGCAUCAGGGUGAAGGCCUUCAGCGUCGAGCACAUCCCCCGGUCGCUGGUCAGCUCCGGCCACACCAGCAGUGCUCCAAAGGACUUCCAGAUGUGGGGUCUUGACUCUGAGACAGACUCACCGGGUCGACUGCUGGGCAGCUACACCUACGACGCGGAAGGUGACGCACUCCAACACUUCAUCGUUCAGGAUCCUGAGGCAGCCGUGUACGAGUACGUGGAGAUGAAGAUCCUGAGUAAUCACGGCAACUUGGAGUACACAUGCCUGUACCGGGUGCGCAUCCACGGAGAGCCCAUGUCGUGAGGUGCCACACCGGCCCCCACGCCACUGGUGACACCAGGCUUCGCAUCCUUGGCUGACCCUGGUGCUGCUGUGCCUUCGAGAGUUCUUGCGCCGUUGUGUUCGGGGUGGUUGGCAGCGAUGCACUUCACUUGAAACAGUUUUGUGUCGCUCACCAGACGAUGCGUGCGACGGUGCGUGACACAUUUAAUGUAAAAACAAGUCUUGGCAUGAAGCCAUGUGUGUUGUGCAGGGGCAUUCGGUGCUCCUUUCCUCACCAUGGGGCUACGUGCUUGAAAGCAGCCACCUUGCAGUCGUCGGUGAGUGCCGCGGGGACUUGUGCCGUUGUGCUCCCGGUGGCGGAAGAAGACAAACGCUGUUGGUGAGCUGCUGCCCGCUCAGCAGACGUGCACCGCUGUCUGGAACCUUGCCUGUAGGAAGGCCAUUUGCUGUGUUUCUCCCGCAGUUGUCGCGUAGCUGUGCAUUUAGAAUUGACAGACGCGCAAGCACUGGCCCUGGGUGUUAAUAGAUCUGACUGCACCGUGCUGCACAGGUUGCACUGCGCAGCUUGGUGUCUUGCAGCUUCUUUUGUGUGAUGGGCGCGUGAUUACUUACCGUAAGCAAGGUGAGAGUGCGAGCACAGUGGAGUCGUAUUGGGCAUUUAGCAGUUUUCGUCAAGUAUGGCAAUGCCACUUUUGCACAAUUAAUUUCUUUGUUGGCAAGAAGCGACAAAUUAUCUGUCUUUAUUUGUAAAAUUUCUGUGUGCACUUUUUCUUUUCUUCUUCGUCCAUUUUUAAAGCAAGUGUUUUUAGGUUCAAGCAUUUUUAUGUUCAAGUGUAUUUAAGUUCAUUUUUAAGUUAAGUGCUGUGAACAGCUGAAGAUUUAAUCAGACGUUGGGCUAGUAGCCAGGUAUUGUCUGCCAUUUGCAGCAGAAAGUGCACAAUAUUGUUUUGAUGGAUGCAAGAGUCGUCAUACCCAUGGAAACUAAUGUGCCUGUUUUGUCACCACUUGCAAGUAUGCAGGUGUGGACCUAGUGUGGUAGUGAACACAAAAUCCUAAGAGCUUGCCUCUCUCUUUCUCUCUCUCUCUCUUUUGUUAAUAAUUUCAAGGUGCAUGUGCUUCUAUUUUUACUUCCAGUAUGACAGAAUUACCAGGCUUAUUGGCAUCAACAAUUUCUUCAACUGAAAAAGAAUUCAGAGCUCGAAGAUUUCUUUGCAACAUUAUGCACUGUCAGUUGUUCAUCACUACUUUAAAAUUUGUAUGCCAGUAAGAGAGCAGAGAGCUAUUGCGACAGUCUUUUUAGUCAACUCUUUGCCGUAUGCCUUUACUGUGUUGUGCCUUAACUGAGGGAUGUCUUCUCUAUCUUUAAAGCCUAGUUUCGAAAGUGAUACCAUAUUUUAUUUUCUUAAAAGCUAGCACACAGCCAAGCUAGGUUGUUGUUUAGGUGCACAGCGUUUGUGUGGUAAUGGCUGUCUAUGCUGACAAGGUGAACUUUAAGAGUGUUUCUUGUGGCACAGAAUGCUUGAACAAAAAAGUGGGAGCCUUUUGUUUGUGUGUGUGUCUGUGUGUGUCAUGGGCUUUCAGGUGCAAGCUCUGAAACUGCCACAGCAGGUCACAGGACUGUUCAUAUUAACCCUACGUUAGUGAGCUGCCAGGAAGUCAGCUGGAACAGCCCACUGUGAGUGGGGCUUGCGUUCUAGUAAUAUGCAGAUGCUUUUUGCACAGAUGUUUGUAUAUAUGAAUUUGUUCUAGCAGUUAUGGCAUUGGGAUUUCUUCUUGCCUGGUGAACCUCAAAAUCCAAUUAGCUUCAUCUAGCACUAAGCCUAACUUUGUUGCUAAGCCUAACUAGGAAUAUCAAGCGAAAUUUUGCUGCUUACAUUCAUUGCUUAAUCAUUUUGUGUGCAGCCUGCACCAAUUUGUUAAGCAGCAGAAGUGGUCAUGUCGGCUCCAUCGCAAAAAGUUUAGAUGGGUUGAAGGGUAAAUUAACAGCAGAAGCAAUACAUUAUACAUCAACCGUAGGGGAUAUGAUUGAAACACUACGAGCAAGAUAUGCCACCGAGUGUUUUGACGUUAAAAAAAUUACAUCUCGCCAGCACCUCAACAGUUUGCACACUCACUUUGCCUACAGCAUUACAUGCUGCAGACGCAUUGCUUUGGCUACUGUUACUUGCCUAACCGGCCGCCACGGAUGGCAGGCAACAGAGAGCAGUCACGCACAGUUUGGCCUCUGAGAUUGGGAGCACAUUAAUCUCAGAGGCCUUUCAUGACAUGGCUUCUUUUUGUCAUCUGCAAGGCAUGGGUGCAUGCGAGGGACAAUGGAAAGGGGAUCUCAUUUUCAUGGACCUCCUGUUUUACAUAUAUACGAUAAUUUAGUAGCUUUGGUACAUGCUGAGAAUGCCCCAAUUAGGAUCAAAGUAAAAAACCUUAGCGCCAUGUUCUGAAAGCAGUUGCCAUUGGUUACACUGAACGGUUGUUUUCUGGUUAGUGCAGCAGGUGAUUGUUAGUGUUUCAGUUACUCAUGUCGCCCUAUCUUUUUUUGUAUUUGUGCUGGUCAGUAGAAUGGAGUUUUUGUACCUGUAAUUGGCCACACCAGUAGUACCAACUGUGAAUAUUUUCUUUAACUUAUUUAUUUAAAUAGCAGCAAUGUGUAUGCUGCAGUGCUGUUCUCCUUAUUGAAGCUUCUAAACCAAAGUGCUGUAACUACGACUAAGAAAAUGGGGCUAAAAGCCCCAUUUUAAAGUGCCAUGAACUAGAAAAAAAAAAUAAAAGUGAAAAAGAAAUCCUAUAUUCAGAGCGCUUGUAGUUUGGGUCAACACUGGUCGGGCUAUGUGAGCUUAUACGUCCUUACUAACAUUUGCAUGUAUUGUUUGACGCUGCCAUAUCGGCGAAGGUUCAGGAUGCUGCUGUUCCCUCAGCCUUGACCUACAGCGGCAUCAUUUUUGUUGCACCAUUUGGGCACAGUGACAUUGCCAAUGCCGGAAACUCGUAUCAGUUGACUGUUCUUUGUUCUUUUACGUACACCACAGAGACUAAAGUAUAUGGCAGAAAAACACGUAAAGAGCAUGAGCAGAUAACUUUAAACUAUUUAUUCACAGUUCAAUAUUUACAGAACCUUCAUUAUUGUAGAAAUGCCAUCUCUUGGAACAGUCUCUUGUCUCUCGUUUGAAGUUCUUGCGCAUUGUGACGAUCUGCAAUGUACAAACCCCAUGUAAGCGGUCUUGUGUGCGACGGCGACAAGCAAUGCGAUGGAUAUGGCUGUCGCGUCUACUCGUCACCUACAAGUCAAACCCCGCGCGAGCAACGACCUUGAGCGAUGUCUCCCCGCUGUUGCCGCCAUGAGGGCAGCAAAUGCGUGCCGAAACUGGUGGGAAACAUGCUCUAAUAAUUUAAGUUGAUUUUUUUUGCUGUACAGAACAGCAUAAAGUAUUUGUAAAGGUCUUGCAGUAGGUUUUUUGUAUGCUUGCACGUAUCAAAAUUCAGUCGUUUGCUCGCCUCGUGCGACAACCGGAAGUAACACUGAUGUACAGGGUUGUCCAUUCUUAGUACAAACAUGGCGUGGCCACGCAUGAAAGGUAAGCGAUGCACCUGCACUGGGGCUUGGAGAUGUCACCUGCUAAAGUGCGGGACCAUUCCAUGCUUUAGCAGACAACACACGACACGAAGCCCUACCUCCAAGCCCCUGUGCGCCUGCACCGCUUAGCUUCAAUGCGCAGCCGCACCAUGUUCGUACUAAGAGUGGAUGACCCUAUGCAUCCUGUUUCGGCUUUUCGCUAUUAGCUAGCCGCUCAUAGCACUUCCGGGCGACGAGAACGAGCGAUCUUGGGUCGCAUGAAGGCUCGUUUCGUGUGUCAAAGCCGUCGCUCGUUGCUGUCGCGCACAAAAUCGCUCUCAUUAGCUUUGGUUGCUUAAUUCGGGGUACAGUGGUCACAGAAAGAUUAGCACAAGUGAUCAGAGUGACCAAAUUGCGCUGCAGUGUGUGGGGAGUAGGCAGAUAGCGAGCGUGCCGAGAUCAUCCCUCGUUUGCAGUGUGGGGAGACGUUCACACUUAUCUGCUAAAUGUUCGAGCUAUCGUCACUCUGUCGCGAUCUUUCCACCUUGUGCUGAUAUGCUGAAAGACCAUCACCAUACCUGCCAGCUCUCCCCUAUUUUCCAAGUCACUGUAAUCUAAAAAACUGUGUUCUGCUUGUCAGUUUCUGCCGUUCCAAGUUAGCAGCUGCUUGUGUCUAAAGCUAAAUCAUAUGUAUGUGGGUAUCCCACAAAAGCUGUGUACUCGGGGGCAAAAUUUAAACAUGCUACUAGUAUUCCUCCCUUAGCUGUCUUAGUCUUACAAAUUCUAAAUUUUGCAGUUUGGGCAGGUAUGUGCCAUUGUUUUCAAGCCGCAACUGUCUACCAAACUAUUCUUAAGUGCAAGGAACUGGAAUAGCUUGGCACUCUUGCUGUCAGCAUGUCCUCACUAUAUCGCAAUUUCGCCAGAUAGAUCAGCGGUCACUUGCACGUGCUAACCUACUUCCGUUGCCACUGUACUCGCAGCUAAUAUUUCUCUCCAAGUAGCCUUGCCUCUUGCCUUAUUUAAAAGAGAUGUAAACUGCUCGCUAAGAAAGCUGUAAGGCCGGCCACCUCUUUUGCAAGAUUGGGCCAUGUCGUGGUGCUUAGGGCAUUCCGGCUUCAAUUGUGUGUGUGUGUGUAUGUGAAGGUGUCACUUCUGUUCUGCUUGUUCAUAACUUGUACGCUAAUGGGCGUCUGGUGGGUCAGAAAGACUGCAUCGAAUGCGUGUUGAAGUGCUGCACACAAAGAAUAUGAGAAAGUGCCUGAUCAAUUUAGCAAAGAUGUGGUGUGUCAUGUCUGAUGGGCAGAUAGCUUUCAGUCCAGUGGUUCUAGAAUGUCACCGAUGUGCCUCAUUUGUAGUGUGUCCUCCCCCCCCCCCCCCCCUCUCUGUUCUUCCUUUUUGAAUUGGCAUGAUAUGUGUGUUUUUCAGACAGACAUUGCUAGAAAUGAGCAUACCUCAGAAGCCAUCAUCUCAGCCAAGUACCCGCUACAUCUCAAUAAUACUGCAGAAACAAUGGUGUUUAAAUUAGCUCACAUACAAAAUUGUAUUGGUGGCCACAGAUUGUGCACGACUCACAUCCCAAAUCGUUUUCACAACUUUCACAUGCUGUGUCCACAGUUGUACAACGAAGACAAAAGCUAUUGAAAAUGAUAGGAUUAGGCCUGAUUAGAAUUUGGAGCCAAAAUUGGUCGGUAUAUCCACAAAGUGCGUCAAACAAAAAACCUGGAAGCUAGAAGUCUUGGCAGUAGCCUGCAGAACUGCUAUCUGGUCAUGGAAAGGGAAAAUGUAUUUAUUAGCUUUUCACGGUAGUUGUUUAUAUAGGAUAAAUUUAUAAAGUGGAGCUGUUUUCCAGGCAUGCGCAUCACACACCAAAUGGUCAAUUUUGUUCCUAUACCCGAAGUAUUUUGUAGAUUACGGUAAAACGCGCAAAAAGAUAAUGUUCAGCUGCUGUCUGCAUAAUCUUCAAAUUCAAAAAAAAAAAAAACAAAUGGCAAUACUGAAUUUUUAGCUCAUAGCAUCAUAUUGGCAUCUGAAAGAAUUCAAUCAACUUCAGUAGGGGCAUGCAAUCACACUUUAAGUGGCACCUUGAGUAUAUUUUAGGUAUGGGUUUAGGUUGCAUCUUUUCAGUUUUUUUUUUCUUGCUUUUUUUUUUUCAGUCAUGGUACAUUUCCUACAACUUGGUUCUCUGACAUAUGCUCCUGAAUGACAUUUUAACAGGUCUUGCCUUAUAUCCUGCUAGCAUUUAUGUGCCAUGUUUAGCGCGUCAUAUUGAAAAGUAUGUGGUUUUUGCGCACAUGUCAUCCUCAUAAUGCUACUCUCAUUGCCCCUGCAUGCAUAAUGGAUGUGUACUCGCGACUUUCACAUUGUAAGGAAUGCUGAGCAGGCAGGUGUGAAAACUUGCAUGCUCGUAUGCUGGCGUAGCAUUUUAAGCUGUUAGACUCUGCCAUGUCUGGUGUCUCGAACCUCAUUAAUGUACAUAUGUAAUAUGCACAAAUCUCACUCUGCAAUACGCACAGCAUUACUUUAGAAUGCAUUGAGCGAAACCACUCAGGCCAACUGAACCUAUGUGUACUUGAAUGAGGUGGGGAAUUGGGUAAUGAGGGCAUGUUAACGCUUCCGUUAGCCAUACAGACAUUAACGAGGCUGGCCUUCUUUGCAUCUUGUUAAGUAGACCACAGUUUCUUGCCAAGGUUGCUAGAGGGAGACCUUGUAAUGCAGUUGUUCAUUCAGUGUUGGAACCAUCGCCACUACAGAUUUUCAUCUGUGGUUUAGCUCAUCUUCAUUGAAUGGGCUAAUUGUAUCUCAUGUUAUAUUGGCUCUUUGAGGUUCAGCUUAGUUGAACGCCUCGCUCCCAACAUUGCUCGAUUCAAAUAUUUUCGAAUUGCAGCUAAUUUAUUCAGUCUCGUAAUUUUCAGCAAAGGAAUAUAAAAGUAAAGGGUGUGCUAGUAAAUUUUAUGCCAACAGCAACACUCGCAACCGAUAAUUUUUUGCAUGCUAUACAUUUAGUAAAAUUUUUUUUUUAAUCUGUACUUUUGAAGAAAUAUCAAUUCGUAGCAGUUGGAAGCUAAAGAAGGCCCACUAUCGCUGCACAGUAAAUUUGUAAUGACAAAUUAGCUUCACGAAAGCUAAUACAAGUAGCCAGAAAGACAGCGCACAGAUCCUUGUAAUGGCUAGCAUUGUUGUACUGGUUUAAUCACCAUACAAGCAGCGCACCUCAGCACCGAAAUUCCCUUCCUGUGAUCUGCAAAUCUGCAUAAUCUAGACAUGUCUUUGUGCGUGCUUACAUGGUAUACUUAGCUUUUCUGUAGGCGUGCAGAGUUUUCUAUUUUCAUGUAAAGGUCCACAAAGAUGUUGCAUCUACAAGGGUGCUCUGUUUAACCGGGCUUGCAGAUGAGCAAUAGGAGUGCCUUCCGGUUGCCGGUUGUGUAUGGUGAGAAUCGCCUGUGUGGCCUCUCUGGAUCUGCGAAUGUUGCAAGUGGAAAAUGUCAUUUAAGAUUUGAGUAUAGUUUGCCAUUGUGGCGCAUCUCUGAACUUCCAGUAGCCUUCUUUCGCACCUGUGCUUUGUGUAUUGGAUGCUCCUUUCAAGAUGCACUGUGGUUAUGUGACAUCAGAAACAAAGUGCUUAGUUAGUGCACAACCAUACCUGCAUUUUUAUUAUAUGCGUGUACUGCAUUAUAGAAUGGUUCUGGAAACCUUAGCAGCUGCACCUGCACCAAGAACUUCGAUGCGGUCUUAUCAGCUUGCUAUCAUUCACAAAGGUUGUAUGCUGCGUUGAUUGAGUGAAUCUCUGUUUUGAAGCAAAUGUUGUAUUUAACGGAGGCACUGCAAGCUGCUGUAGGUUUGGAACGCACAUUUGCGAAAUUUUGCCCAGUAGCCAGAGAUUGCACUCUCAGUAGCACAUAGUGCACAUAUCAGAGUACAGUUUUGCGUGUGUCUGGUUCGACAAAUGCCUUUGUCAACACUUGAGAGAAAGUUGCAGCGAAAGUUUUCCGAGCGGCCUUUUCUGCCACAAUAUCUUUCUCCCUUCUUAAGCUUUUACUUUUUAAUCACUGCCCAUAAACUGCGGAAGGUAGUCUUUUUCUUCCUGUCACUUUUUGAAUUAUUAGGGGCCCCAGAAUUUGUAGGAAAGUAUAGUGGGGCUGAACAAUGUGUCAUUGAGUCUUGGAAAGUGUUUCUCAGAGCACAAUCUUAGAGAUCCUGCGUUGAUUUCUGUCCGCAGUAGCCUUCUAUUUCUAUACCUAGGGCGUUGUUGUUUGAUAACCAAUGCAGUUUCGUAGCACGAGUACAAAGGUCUGCUUUGAUGAUAACAGAAAUAGCUCUUUCACAUUCGGUGCCUUUGCGUCCUGAAAAUAAAGGGGGGGGGGUUAAGGAGAGACUGUCACCAUCGCAAGUGGCCUUGCCAUUCUGAACUACCACUUUCAGAGGCAGUUACAGUGCUUGUGCAGUGAAAGUUGAAAAAUAAAGGCAUCUGUAUUACUGUUUUAGGUUUAUAAAAUGACACAAGAACACUUCAAAAUAAAUGUUAGUUUUCUCGAACUUGAACAUCUUGACACGAAUGCAGCAAGUUAGGCUGGAGCCAGAAUGUCUUGGUUUGUAAAUGCAAAAGUAGCUCUAGUCAAUAUAUUAUUAGUACAGAGGUAGCAAGAGGCAUGGCAACAAUAUCAAAAGGUAGCAUAGAGUGGACAGCAGAGUUAGAUGUGCAAAUCCGGCGUUAAUGACUAGAUUCAAGUGCUUCCUUCCUGUUUCCUUGUCUUGUGAUCUCUCAACAUCUUGUUUAUGCUGUUCACGCCUUCUACGGCGUAGUGCACAUUACAGUCGAGGCAGUUGUCUGCCUUGAGCUAUGCUUUUCUUCUUAUAAGCUAGCCCAGUUUAAACGAUGCACUUGCAAAACAGCUGUGAAUAAUUGCGCUUUGUCAAAUGCGUGAAGUAGUAGUGGGCAUGACAGAUCACAGAACACUGCCGUGGUUGUGUGAGCAAGUAUAAAACGAGCGCAAAUUCAUCACAGCUGCAUGAAUGGUUGUGUUUAAGCUUCUCGCAUCUGGAUUUUUUUUUUCAUGCUGUAGCUUUCGCACCGUUUUCUGGGAAAGUGCCUGCGUCAACACAAACGUGAACACUUGCAUGUAGUUAGCAUGACCUUUUCAUAACUUGUGUAAUGUACAGCCUUUCAGUAAUAUAUUGUGGCUGUUGACUAGUUAUGACUGUUGACUAGUCGUCGUUGAGUACGGGAGUGAAACGAAUGGUCAGCGUGUAGCACACAAAGCAGCUGUCAUCUAACUAGGCUGCUGUAUGGAGGUUUGCAGCAUUGUCCUAUGUAAGCAAAGGAGAGUGGCCAUGACUCGGCGAUUGCCAACAGAGUGAAUGAAAAUUUUCUACCGGCAAAAGCAUGCAAUAGGCAAGCGUUAGGCCCAUUUGACCAUCGACAGGGUCGAACAUAAUGACGUGCAAUGUCCAUAAUGAUGAGUGUCUGACGGUAGCAGUGCACUGCAGAGUAACAGCUAUGCAAACAUUAUCUCGGUGUCUGUGCAAAGGUUGUCUCUCACCAGUGGACUAGUCAAAGCUCAAGUGGCCUGAUUGGACUGGCAGGCAGCAUGUGUCCAGGUGCUGUUAACACUCUUAAAAGACGUGGUAACAUAGCAUAAUGUCUUUUAUUUUUAUCCAGAUUGUUGGUUAUUGGUCUCCUUAAGCAUGGGCAUAAAACAAAUUGAGUGGUAGGCCAUUCGUAGCGCAACUCCCAGAGACGUUCUUUCAGCACAGCAUUCACUACUAGCCAGUUGAAUUCUCUGGAAGGAAAUUUUGUUCAUUACUCCUACUCCCGUUUGCUUGGAGCGUUUUGAAUGUACUUCCAUUGACACAUCCAUUAUACUUCCUUCAAAACAUGUGCACCCCUUAAGGUGUAAUUUUGACCCACAACAAUGCGGUGUAACAGGUACUGCCUUGUCAGGAACACUGAGAAUCCAUAACUUGUGAAAUAGGGAAGUACUUGGCACACAGCGUUAGAGGAAAGAAACUCCAAGAAUAAAUUAACGUUAUGGGGAAAACUUGCACCCUUAAGAGUGGAGUGCGGCACCUCUUAGGUGUAAAUGGGCGCUAUUGUGGGUUCCUAAGGGUGUAAUGGUUCAAUUAAACUUUAUUUGGGUGAGGUGCUCCAAAGGGUGUAACACCUCAAUUGUAGCUUCUAAAGGGUUCAAUUCUGAUUGGCUUGGGCUACUUUAAGAACAGGUAUGCACUGCCUUGCAUCAGCGUGCCUCAAGGUUUCCUUGCGUAAAACGCACUACACUUCUGCUGCAUGCGUUUUUAGCAAAAUGAUCUGCAUUACUUCUUUUUCGUGUUUUCCACUGUCGUAUAAAUGCCUUUCACAAUUUUGAAGAGCGACAAUCCUGUUUGUUUCAUCUGCUGUGAAUAGUUGUUACAACUUAAGAGUGGGUAUGGUAUGAGUUGUCAUAAAGCGUCCUAAUUUAUUUUAAGAAACAUCAAAAACACGCACAUUUGCUUGUAUGGUUGUUUUUUGUUGACCUGAUCUUUAUUAUUUUUUUUCAGCAAGAGUUAUUGCUUUAUUUGUGUGUGUGUGAGUGUGUUGUGCAGUUUUUCUUUAAUUUAAGCUGCAGUGCAAUUGCAGAGCCAUAACUAAUGUUGAUGUUGAAAGGAUUAAUAAAGAUUGUUUUUGCUGAU